UAAUUAUUAUUCUACUAAGCUUUAAUCGAGCUAUGGCAAAACAUCUUAGUGUAGUUGAAACUGGUUAAAAAAAUAGCUCGAGUUGUGAACAUGUGCAUGAUUGUUCAAUGACACAACCAGAUGAAUAACUGACAACGUGCUCUUGUGAACAUUGAACAGUGUGAUAUGGCUUAGUGAAUAGUGAUUAGAAUCAGAAUUGUGUCGGGCAAUGACAAAACAGAAAUUUAUCAUCUAAUCUAAAUGACGAUACUUCUAAAUGUUUGCAGCAAAUUGAGGAUAAUAUGUAAAGCAAGCCUUGGACGAAUUUAUAGCUCGUUUUUAUCGGACCCGCAGACGAUUUUUGGUGAACUUACUUCUCAUUCACGAGUGAUGUCAAUGACAACAACAAUGGCCGUAGGUCAAGAAAGCAAACUAUUUCAAGGAAAGAUUGAUAGAUUCAAAGGUGUUUCGGUGGAUUCGAAAGAAGAAACCUGUAAUGAUGUGAUGGAAUUUUCGCAGAUCCUGGGAGAUUCAUUGAAACAUUGGAAGGAAAUAGGAAAUAGAGGAAUAUGGUUCAAGGUCCAUCUCAAUCAAUCCGAAUGGGUUCCUGUUUUAGUGAAGAAUGGCUUCAAAUUCCAUCAUGCUAAAGAAGAAUACGUGAUGAUGUAUCUAUGGCUGCCGAAAACAGAAAAUUGUAACAUCCCCCAGUAUGCUCACACCAUGAUUGGGGUAGGAGCUGUAGUGGUGAACGAGAAGGAUCAAAUUCUGGUAGUUAGCGAGAAAUACUACGUGGUGGAUAAACCGCAUUGGAAGUUGCCUGGUGGAUAUGUUGAACCUGGUGAAAAUUUGGUGGAUGCGGCUAUUCGUGAGGUCUACGAAGAAACCAAAAUAUCCACCGAGUUUCAGUCAAUUUUGACCCUAAGGCACAUCCACAAUGGGAUGUUUGGCUGCUCAGACAUUUACACUGUCGUCAGUCUGAAGCCACUCACUCAGGAAAUCGAAAAAUGCGACAGGGAAAUUGAGAACUGCAUUUGGAUGGACGUCCAAGAAUAUUUGAACCAUCCUCAUGUCCACGACCUCAACAGAUUCUAUGUUCAGAAAUAUUUGGAGUACAAAAAGUGUAACAUCAAAGUCAAUUGUUUUCAUGGGUGUCAUCAGAUAGUCAACAAGCCUUAUACUGUGUAUUCUGUCACUAAAGCUGAUGAGGAAGGUCCAAAGGAAAAUGGAGAAAAUUCAACUAGCUGACUUUUGUCAGUUUCAGAUUCUUUCAAAACUCUUAUUAUUGUAGGGUGAAGUCAAGAUUGAACUAUACAGGAUUAAAAAAUUUUUUUUGUACGAAUAUAUGUGCCAAUAAUAGAAAUUUGUAUCCAAUAGAAGUUCAAUUGCUCCCGUCAAUAAAAUGUUGCUACAAACC